AUGUCAUCUUUUAGUACAUACCAGCAAAGUGGCGUAGAGCGCGCAUAUUACCUUGAUGGAGUAUGGAGCCCUAAUCCCCCUACUGCUAUGUCAAGACUAACACUCCAACACCUACAACACCAAGGUUGGAGCGUGAGCCGUGAGGCAAUCCGCCUCCCACGCCGCUACCACUCCCGAGUCGACCGAGUCAGGAUUCCGCUGAACGGCCCCUUCUAUAGCACCGAGAUUGUUCGGACAGACGUCUACGGCGAGUGGAAGGGAGUCAUCGGACCAGGUAUGGUAAUUAUUGAGACGGUUUAUCGAACCGGGCGCACAAAUCUCCCAUAUUCUUCGCAACUGACCAAAGCUGCUUAUGAGGCGUGCAGCCCUCUUGCGGGCCUGAGGUAUGUUUUUAUGGAGAAUGUUGUUAAUGACGACACGUUGGAAUUUGUGCGCAAUUUCAUCUACACCGAGCCGGAGUACAUUACGCUUGAGACUAUCAGCGAAGCCAAGCGGAAAUCCUUUCAAAUGGGUACACCCCAAUAUUAUGGGCUUUUGGGUACUGAGAUGGGUCGGAUUGUUACUUAUUUAUUGUUGGAUUCUUUUCGACCAGGUUAUCGGCGUAUUGGGAAGAUUACGACUUGGUUUGAGCGAUAUAAUCUUCAGUUGCGUUUUGAUGUUGUUUAG